CUUUGCUUGCCACCUCAUCCCGGGUGACCAACUCUCAUUCUUUAUUAGUCCUCUCCAGUGAAGUCCCCCAUUCCAUUCAUCCCGGAGUGACGAACUUGAUGCCGGCGAAUCCGACGCCGACAAGCCCAACGACGGCCUCCGCUCCGGCGAGCACGUCUCGGUGAUCUGCGAACGGGCUGCUACAAAAUUGUGGCUGGCGCGUCGUCUGUAGAAGAAAUUCGAGUGCGCAACGCAUCGACGCCCACCCCGAAUCGUUGAGGUCGAGAUCGUGUCGGCUGCUCGGCGGCCAUGGAUUCCGCGACGGGGGCUAUGGGCAACCUGCUGCUGAAGCUAGGCGAGCUUGCCAUGGACGAGUACAAGCUGCAGAAGGGCGUCAAGAGGAACGUCGAGGCUCUCCGGAGAGAGCUGGAGAGCAUGCAGGCCGCCCUCCGCAAGGUCGGCGACGUGCCCUCCGACCAGCUCGACGAGCAGGUCGAGCUCUGGGCGCGCGACGUCAGGGAGCUCUCCUACGACGCCGACGACGUCCUCGACACCUUCAUGGUGCGGGUGCGCGUCGACGACGACAACCAUGGCUCCAAAGGGAUGGUGAGCAAGGUGGCCGCCGGCUUCUUGGGGAAGGCGGCCAAGAUGCGCCACGACAUCGCCGACGAGAUCAAGGGCAUCAUGGAACGCGCCCGGGAGGUCACCGCUCGCCGCGACAGGUACAAGGUCGACGCCGUUUGACGGAGCGCGGGGCUCCUCACCGGGAGACCGCGCAGGUCCCCCUUUGCCAGUUCGGCCGGGGGCCCUGGCUGAGGUUCUAAGCUCCUAGUCUGUGAAACGUUCGCCAAAGUGGAAACACACAAGACACGGGCGAUGUAUACAGGUUCGGGCCGCUGAGAAGCGUAAUACCCUACUCCUGUGUUCUGGUAGAUCUGUGUAUGAAGAAGCUACCAAGAGCUGGAGAGCCAGAGCGCUCAAACUCUAGAAACCCCUUUCCUCCUUUUUUCCUCU